AUGGAGGAGCCGCCGCCUCACGCUUCUCGUAGCUGGAGCAUCUACGGGCGAUCGGAGAUCAACCAGCGGUAUGAGAUUCUAGAGAGAGUUGGAUCCGGGGCCUACUCCGACGUCUACCGGGCGCGGCGAAUCUCCGACGGUCUGGUCGUCGCGCUCAAGGAGAUCCACGAUUACCAGAGUGCCUUCCGGGAAAUCGAAACCCUGCAGAUACUGCGCCAGGCCCACAACGUCGUCGACCUCAUCGAAUACUUCUGGCAGGAGGACGAGGACGCGGUCCUCGUUCUCGAGUUCCUGCGCACCGACCUUGCAUCGGUGAUUCGGGACGGCAAGCGGAGCGGCGGCAUAUCCGUUGGCGAGUUGAAGCAGUGGAUGAUCCAGACAUUGCGUGGGGUUGAAGCAUGUCACGGGAGCGGCAUCAUCCACCGUGAUCUCAAGCCGUCGAACCUUCUAAUCUCUGCGGAAGGGGUCCUUAAGCUGGCGGAUUUUGGGCAGGUAUUGAGCAUUACAAGUGAUCAUCUUUCAUGAUUUAUUCUAAAGUAAGAUACCAUUCGUACUAAAAUAGCAGAAUUAUCUGAGGCAUUAUCAAUUCCUUCGGAACUCACCCGACUGGACAUUAAUUUGCAAACCGCCCUGCAAACUUGGUUGGCUGAGUUCAUCUAUUUGGUUUUAACCAAUGGGGAUUACGCUAAACCAGUCAGAUGCUUCCAGCGAAGACACAAGAAGAAGAAGAAAAAGUUUGAUUCCAAUGUUGUAUUUAUCAUAUUAUUUCCCACUGAAGCCUAUGUUUGUGUCCCUACAACCCGGAAGCUUUAGGGAAUUUUCCUUUUUACCCGUUCCAUACGUGUUUCAGAACUAAUGAGCAUGUUUGCUCACUGAAACUCUGUAUCUGGAAGCUCGCGAAGACAUCCAAUCCUGCUAUGAGAUCCCACUCGCAGGCGCCUCAUGAUGCACAUAUUCGCCUUCUUGUAGGCACUUGAGUAAGCUUCGAGGUUCCUUCAUCCACCAAUGGCUAUUAAAGUUGCCUGUGUGCUGGUGAUUGUUCUUAUAAUGUUGUUGGAGACGAUGCCAGCAGAGGGUUUUUCUUCAGAACUGAACUUCAUGUCCCUUUUGAUCCUUAAGCUGUAAAUUUUGACUGAUUUCUCUGUCUUGUCUUCAGGCGAGGAUACUUCAAGAGGCCAGGUACAUGUCUCCAGAUGAUAACGUGCAGGAACAAGAUGGAGGGAUGUGGGCAAUUCAGGAACCCUCUGCUGCUCCAGAUGCGAGCAGCUCGUGGCGAGGUAUAUCCGAAAGCCAGAGGACAUACACUGAGACGGGGUCUAUUGGUGAGGAAGGCUAUUCAGCAGAGGUUGAAGGCCAGAAGGCCAAGUACCCUGCGGAGGAGAUGGGCAAGGAGACCAACACAUUUGACGUGGAUGCAUCCUGUGUUGCCACUUGCAGUACAAAUGACGUGGAUGAUGACCCACUUAAGGACGAUUAUUCAUAUGAGGCCAGUGAAGUCGGCAAUGUGGAUGAGUCUGGCGGCGCGCUUACUUCCUGUGUCGGAACCCGAUGGUACAAGGCUCCCGAGCUGCUCUACGGAGCCACGAAUUAUGGGCAAGAAAUCGAUCUCUGGUCCCUGGGGUGCAUUUUCUCCGAGCUCCUCAGCCUCGAGACUCUCUUCCCCGGCACCUCAGAUAUCGAUCAGCUUGGAAAGAUAUUGAAUGUGUUCGGGAAUCUGACAGAGGAAGCAUGGCCAGGCUGCUCCAGCUUACCUGAUUAUGGCAAGAUAUUCUUCAGUGCGGUCGAGAAGCCGGUGGGUUUGGAGGCGUGCCUACCGAAUCGAACAAGAGCUGAAGUGAAUAUCGUAGGAAGACUUCUUUGCUACGAUCCCAAGACCAGAGCUACUGCGGCAGAACUGCUUCAGGACAACUAUUUCAUGGAAGAGCCUUUGCCUUCUCCUCUGAGUGAGCUGAGCGUUCCCAGCACGAGCAUUGGGCUGGAAGAGGGCUCUACUGGGGGAUGGUUUGAUGAUAAGAAUCUUGGGUCGGAUUCAGACAGGGAGGAUUUCAGCGGCAUGGAUGUCUCGGUCAACGACAAGGGCUUCUCUAUACGCUUCUAG